AUGUUUGACUCGAGUCCUGAUCAAGCACAUCGUGAGCAGAUGUCAGAGUUAGUGGGACAUGUAGAAUUUGAUUUUAAUAAAACAUCAGUCCGCGUUAGAGAUUCCUUUCUUGGCUUCAUCCAGAUGACUUAUCUGGAUGUAAAGGAUGCUGGAAGUUUAGUUGACGAAAUACAGCUGGGUAAAGACGAUUUGGAUCUACAGGAUUGUCGUUCACAAUACUAUGAAAAUGCUGCUGUGAUGGCUGGGGAUCGAACUGGAGGUCACCAAAGGUUCAACAAAGAUAUUUGUGAAUUGCGACAAUCAUUCACUCGAUUUGUAUCCAUCGCAGGUUGUGAACGAUCUUUUAGCAAGUUCAAAUUAAUACAUUCAUAUUUGAAGACUAUAAUGGCUCAAGAAAGGUUAUGCAACCUAGCUUUUCUCAUUGUAGAGCGAGAAGUAACGGAAAUAACUGAUCUCGAAAACAAUAUCGACAUGUUUGCGUCGCGGAAAGUCAGCAAUGUACAAUUAUAA